AUUAUUCUAUCCCAGAAUGCAUCAGAACUUAUUCACUCUGUAAUGGUUAUGUUCAGAUUCUCUGCCGAUUGUGGUAAACAACGUUAGCUUGAUUUAAACACGAAGGAGUAAAUAUUUCAAUGUAUUCUUCAAUUAUAUAGAAUUUCGCCUUUACUGAGGAAACCGGCUUGCGUAAUGGCGGACAGCCCCGGAGACGAUGACUUUGAAGAUUAUGACAAGCCAGGUGCAGAGAGAUCACGCAGGAGGAGAGGAGAGGAUGAUUUAGACAGUGAUCUUGAGAGUGAUUUGCUCGAGGAGGAUUGGCUGACAGCCAAAAAGGAUCCCUCAGAAGUGUCAGAUGAGGAAUUGAACGAUGACCUUCUACAAAGCGAUGAAGAAGAUCAAAACAUCGACCAGGGCGUUAGCCUCAAUGCUACUCUAUGCGAAUUUGACCAGCAGGUGAACCCCAUAGACUACCUAGAAAAACUAGGAGAUAUAGAGGGGGGCUACCAGCGGGAGGGGGGAGAGUACGUGGACGAGUACAGCCUGCCCAAUGACAUGGAGAUACCAGACGGCCAAAUGGAAUACUCAGGAGAACAGGCUGGGGGCGACGGCGUGUUAGACAUUCAAAUCAAUGAGCCUCUAGACGAUGAAUUUCAAGUGGAUGAUUACUCACCAAGCUAUGGGGGUGGAGAAAAGCAGGAGGAGCAGGCAGAGCAACAGGAAGCCCCAGAGAAGGAUGAAGUCUCUCAGCUCGCAGACACAGAGGUUGAGAAUGAACCAGAGCCAAAGGAAGAAGUGAAGGAGGAGGAAGACGAGGAUGAAGAGGAAGACGAUGAUGGAGAGUCUGGCCGGUUGCGUUUCAAAACGGAGCGUAAAGAUGUCACGUCUGGUGUUGUGCGGCUGGCGGAUGCGGGAACCAAAAGACGGAACAUUCCUGAAACAUUAGAGCUGUCUGAAGAGGCCAAAGCAGACCUGAUGGAGUUUGCGGAGAAGGAGCGCCAGAGGAAGCAGGGCCGCUUUGGGGGCCGAGGAGGAGAUAGAGGAGGAUUCAGAGGUCGAGGAUUAAGAGGGAGGUUCCCCGGAUUUGGGAUGGGAGACUUCGGUGGAGGAAGAGGACGAAUGAAUGACAUGAGGCUCCCAAUGGUGCCUCUACAUAUGGGCAUGCAGCAGUCUCCCUCGAGAAUGACUCCCCCUCACCAACGUCAUCAUCCUCAUCAGCAGCACCAUCGCCAGGGUGGCCCUCGAGGGCCCUCCUUCCAGGAGCACAGCGGCGGCACGCUGGCCCUGCAGCCCCUUCUCCCUCUGCACAUGGCCCAACGCGGGGCACCAGUCAGGCCCCAGAUGGAACCACCACACCGCAUGAUGAGUCCCCCUCCCUCACACAACCACCAACAGCAGCAGCAGCCCAAGAACAUCCACAUCAACCCCCAUUUCAGGGGCCCUGCAUCCUCCCCUGCACAAGUGCCCUUGCUGCCUCCUGCCCAGAGCCAGCCCAGACCUGCUGUGGGUCCUCAGAGGUUCCCUGGACCGGGGGACUUCCAGCAACAGCACGUGCCGGGUAAUUUCGGCCAGAGGCCCUCCCAUCACAUGGAGCCCUGGAGGAACCAGCCUCCCCCCACCCCCCAGGACAGAGAGCCUUUCUUCAUCGGGGAGCCAGGGCGGUUCCCAGGGCAGCAGCUGCUCAUGUUCGAUCACCAGAACUCCGGCUUGCUCAUGAACAGUAAUAACCACCAGCUCUCCAGCCAGGGCCACAUGGCCUUCAACCAGCCAAGCCCAGGGGGGUUCAACCAGCCAGGCCAGGGCCCAGGGGGCCAGCUAGGGAUGUUCCAGAGAGAGCCCCCCAGACCUAACCUGCCUCCCCAGGGCCACCCCCAGAGCCACCAGGGCAUGGCCAGCCUGACUGGGCACAGUGGACCCACCAACACUAGGCUCUUCAUGGGCCACCGUCAGCCCGGUUUCCCACAGCAGCAGGGGACUCCCGGGCCGUUCCCCUCACAGCAGCUCCAGUUUGGGAUGCAGGUACGGAUGAGAGGCUUGAUGCAGCACGGCCUUCUCCACUCGCAGCUCCAGCAUCAUGACUUGCCUCGAUCCCAUCAGCAACAACAACAUCAGCAGCACCACAGACAGGACUUGUCUCAGCCGCCCCUCCAGCACCACUCUCACCCCCAUCCCAACGAGCAGCGGCAAGGCCUCAUGAUGCACCACGGCGGCGGGCAGGGCCAGCCCCCCUUCCACCAGCAGCAGAUGCAGCAGCAUGGCAGCCCCAGACAGAUGCACCCUAGCGGGCCCCGCCCCCAGAACCUCCAGCAGCGUAACGCCCCCAUCAGGCCAAGGAUGAGCCUUCCUGCCCCCAAAGUCAUUCCCCAGCGCAACAGCAACCUCCGCGAGCUCCCCGUGGCACCUGGCAACCAAAACGCGAACAACGUCCGCCCCGCCUCUGCGCCAAACGCCUCCAACGUCAGGCCCGUUGCCAGGGCAAUGCAAGGAGGGGCGCGACCGGGCCUGAACCCUCGGCCGGUACCCGGCGGUGGCAGAGGAAGAGCCCAGCCUGCUGCUGCCAACAAGGCUGCAGCACAGCUACCUGGGCCACAUGGAAGAACGGUGGUUCGCAGGGAUUCCACAAGCACUCGGCCAAACACAGCAGUACAGGAUCCGGAUGAGGACGAGGAGACGCGGCAGUACCGUCUGAAGAUCGAGGAGCAGAAGCGUCUCCGGGAAGAGAUCCUGAAGAGGAAGGAGAUGAGGAGGCAGAUGCAGGCCAGCGUCCGCAAGAAGGAGCUACUGGAACGCAUCAACGGCCAGGGUGACGCACCACCACCACAACAACAACAACAGCCGCAACACCACCAACAACAACUGCAGCGUCAGUUUCCUCCUAAACCUCAACAGCCCCAGCAAGGCACUUCUGCCUUCCCUCCCAACGGCACCCCACAGACGCCCCCCGCACUCCGCCAGAACAUCAAGACCCGCCUGACCAAGGGUGAGCAAGCCCCGGCUCCAGGCUGGCAGGGCGGCCAGCAGGGACGUAACACCUGCCCCGGGGGCCCUGGUCCCAACCCUCACCAGCAGGCACAGUGGCAACAGCAACACGUUACCCAGCUGAACCCUAUCAGACCAGGUGGGGCCCCUCUCAUGGGGAACAUGCCCAUUCAGGGAGUCCCGAUGGCGGCUCUGGGUUCAGGCCAGGCCCAGUCUCUGGGGCCUAAAUCAGGGGUGAAGAGAACUGUGAUGCAGCGAGCCAACAGUGGAGACGGAGCGGGCCCACAAGUCCCACAGAAAGUUAGAGUGGUCAAGCUUCUAGGAGGGGGAGGAGAUGUGAGUGGUGCCAGCGGCCCAAUCCAGCAGCAGGCCACCAAGCCAGCCCCCCAGCUCCGCCAGGGCCCAGUGAGGAAGGUAACCCUGGCCAGCCCCCCCGGAGGACAACCCAUACAGGGCCUGGUCACACAGGGGGGCAGAGAGGGCAUGGGCAACAGGGUGGUUGUCCCGGGGUGUGGCAGAGCCAGAGGGGCAGCGGGAGCGGGAGGGGCGAGUCAGCUGGGCCGUGGGCGCCUGAUUCCUACCAGACAGAGCCAGAGAGGGGCAGGGGACAGCCAGGCCUGCACUGUGUCCAUAGACGGCCUCUCCACAUCCACCACUGACACGCAGCUCCGAAACUUGCUCAACUCAAUCGGCCCCAUCCAGAUGUUCAAAAUGCUACCCCAGCAGAGGAAAGCCAUUGCCAAAUUUCACAAUCCCCAGCAUGCCUUGAGUUUCCAAGUCAGCUUCAACAGGCAUAUGAUAGAUUUGUCCCAUAUUGAUGUGUCACUGAUUGAUGUCUGAAGCGCGUGGUAGAGGGCGGCGACGAGUGCCCAGUGCAGGACGUCACGCCUGACGCUCAUGUGGCUUGGAGGCUCCGGUGUACAGCUCCUUCAGCUAUAUGUAACCACAGCCCUAUGGAACACAAAGAACCUACACAGCACCCUCAUCCUCCUCACAACAAGCACCCCCGACCGCCUUGCCUGCUGACUAUCUACUGAGGAAAACGGCAACACAAAGCAGCAUGUUUUGCUCAUGUUUGAAUUGCCGUUAAGGGGGAGGUUCAAUGCCGGUUUCAUAUGACAAAUAUGUUUACGGUCGCUGGUCUGGACACUUGGACAGACGUGACUAAAGGGAAGAUGCUGGAUAGUCUGUGAUUUUUCAAACUUUGCCAGAAGAAAUCUGAGAUGAGAAAAGGUUUGAGGAAAAGGUUUGUGCAUCGGGCACUAACGACAACAAGAAGUAGUGGUUGACACUGGAUAAUGGUUGCUCCCAUCCUCAGCUCAGUUGUGAACACCAUCUAUAUCAACGAUUAGAGAAAAGAGUUUAGGAGAUUUAACUUGUACCUGGAGAUUUUACACAUUUUCUGAACAGGUGUUUUUGAUUCGAGGCAAGCUGCUGAUGUAGGUCUUGACUGAAAGAAACCGGUGUAGAAUUGGUGCGAAGCUUGCCACUACAUAGUUUCCUUUCUGGCAGUGCCAUUUUCCUUCUACAGAUGGCAGCAUUUCAUAAUUAUUGUGGAUUGGAUGCGAUGGGUUGACUUUUUGGGUAGAGCCCUUCCUCAAGUAGUGUAUCAUUUCUGAGUAAAUGGCACAGCCUAGUGGAGAAUUUAAGCCAUUUAAAUAAAACAAAUCUGGUUUGAGGGUAUGAUUAUGGUGAUUCAAACUUGCACUUGCAUCAGGUAACAAUUCCAACGAGUUUUAUUCAAAUAGAAUUUAGAUUGAUUAGCCGUGCAAAAUAAAGGACGUUCUUAGCCUAUUCCUAACACAAUUUCACAGUUCUGUUCAAGAAAACCGUUUUGCCUGGCCACCAUGUCGUCACUUUUCAUUUCUGGAGGAAUACUAGGCUGGAUGACAUGGAUAAAUAGUGUGUGUUUGUUAGGUUUUCUCUACAUUAAAGUUCAUUGAUGUUACGCGGAAA